UGAUGUCAUCAUGAUGUAAUGCAAUGAUCAAUUUCCUGGUUUAUGCAAACAAUGGGUUGUUUGCUGGUUUAUGCAAACAGUGAGUUUGACAUCAGAUAAAUGAAACCUAAAUACACAUUAGGAGCUGCUGCCUCUCUUCUUCAUAUUUGGGGAAUUUGACAGAAAAAAAAUACAGAACAUGGAAAGUGAAAAAACGAGAGAGAGAGAGAGAGAGAGGGAGAGAGAGAGAGAGAGAGAAAGAGAGAGAGAUUGGCAGAGGAGGGAGUUGCUAGCAGUGGUGCUCCGGCCGGAGAUGGCGGUGGCAGAAAUCUCUCCUUUUCCUCUUCAAUCCAACUUCUUCAAUCACCGUUCGCCAUUAUCGACGGUCCUAAAAGCUCCGCCGCCGGCAAUCCAGAUGAGAUCGUAAAACUGCUUCCAUUUUUGUUCGGACAACUUUCUGCUUCUUUGGUUCCUGCAGAUUCAAGCAAAUCGCUUCCUCAUCGGAAGUUGAAGAUUGGCGUUGUUCUUUCCGGUGAUCAAGCUCCUGGAGGUCACAAUGUCAUAUCUGGAAUUUACGUCCAUACACUUUGAUGCUCAUCUCAUGGGGCUGUGCAACUACACUUUAGGGAAUGAAGAGUUAGAAAGGAAAAUAAGAUGGUUUAUGUUGAUGUAAAAGGGAAAGCUACAAAUUCUAGCUUAAGAGGGAGAACAAGUAUGACAGUUGGUGCUUCUAUGGUAUACCAGCCUGAGCUAAAGAAGGAUAAAAGAAAAGGAAAACCACCUGCUCAUCCCAAAAAUCGAGGAAAACUACCGGAAAUAUAUGCAAGCGUCAUUGGUCAGUACAUUGGUGAUACAGUUCUUUUACAGGACAUUAACGAAAAUCAAAUCCAAGUAGCUGUAUUCAAAAAGAACAAUUCACAGAUUUAUUUCACUCAUGGCUGGUCUCGAUUGAAAGAUUUCUAUAACAUCAAUGCCGGCGCUUGGAUUACUCUUUUGUUCAUCAGUCCUUUUGUCUUCUUUAUUCGGGUACCAUACAUUACUGGUGUGGAAAUCACCUAUCCUCAUAGGACUCCCCCAUAUAAACUUGUGUUGGAAAAACCUUUCCUAGAAGCAACUUCAAAUGGACCUAUUCCCUACUUUGUCCUUCCAAAAGUUUUUACCCACAGUCUUGAAAAAACCCUCACUGCUCCUGAUGUUGAGACUGGGACUUUGACAAUCUAUUGGAGAGGUUUCUGUCAAAAUGCACUCCCUAAUGAAGAGACUAAACUCAGAUUAAUUGACUGGCUUGGUAACACCUGGGAUCACUGUGAUUUGAAGUUUGACAAUGGCCCUUAUAUCAGCUGCAAAAUUUCAGGACAAUGGGGAGAUGUUUGCAAGGUACAUAAACUGUCCGAGGGUGUAGUUGUUAAAUUCGGUGUUACUAAGUCAUCUAACAAUAGGACUAUCUACUUUAAGCUAUCCCCUUUCAUUGGUGUUAAAACUACCCUGCAUGCUCCGUCAACAUCCAGCAAUCGGAAGAAAUUCUACCAAAAUCAGUACUAUUAUAUGCUCUAGAUCUCUCUCUAGCUAUCCUUCAACUCUAACUCCUCUAUCUGUUUUGUAACUUAUGCUAUAAUGUACCAAACAAUAUUUAAUUUCCAUCCUUUUUGCCAUUAGUGGAUCUCAAUAUCAAGGUCAUACUCUUUUAAGGACCAUUUUGGUGAUGAAUGUAAGGACAUGUACCAUAAUUACUACUAUUUAACUUUUAAUCCCUAAUGCUUUUUGUUUGUUCAA